UCUCUGUAUGAAGGACCCCCAAAAAUAAAUGUAGAAUAUGAUCUCAAAACCCCUAUGAAUCCGAAAUCCAAUAUCCGAAGGCGACCGAGUGGAAAAUCCGUAUCUAAUUGAUUAUCUGCAAUGAAUCCGCAUGAUCCUGAUGCAGAACACCUAUUUGUGUACUACUUUCGAAGUCUUACUCCUCUGGUAAUAAACGCAAGCAACGAGGAGGAUAACAGUUGGCAGUUAAAACUGAUAAGAAGCAUCAUCUGCCAUUUUGUUUUGUGCAAAAACAUCGUUCACUUUACUAUCAAAAAUCACUUCUCCCCGAGUCAAGUCGUACGCACGUUCGUGAUCAAUCACUGAAAGAUCGAACAAAGAUGUACAAGGUUCUGUUGUUGACUGUUAUGGUUCUGAUGGAAAACGUUUUUCUGUUUGGACCCAGCAAAACUGCUGCUGCAGCAAACUCAAAGAUGCUGCCUGACGUGGUUUAUCAGCCGUGUCACCAUGGUUGGGUGACCUACGAAGGUUCAUCAUCCUGCUACAAAGUACCACCGCACCCUACCAACAAUUGGUACGAAGCCCGUAAAACAUGUCUGUCCAUGGGGAGUGACCUUGUGAAGAUCACCUCCACUCAAGAGAACAACUACGUGGCCAUGCUUGUUCAUACGUAUUUCCCGUCAACCGGUUUUAUGUGGAUUGGAUUCCUGGCAGAUGUGAAGCGCAAAUUCACCUGGGUGGACGGCACCCCCCUGGUCGGGCAGUACUUGAACUGGAGCUCCGGCGAACCGAACAAUGAUCACGCGAAAGAUGAAGACUGCGGGUCGAUAUUUUUGCAUAGAGAUGCAYGUGCUAUGAAGUGGAAUGAUCUUUUGUGUCUGAUGACCACUAAAAUAGGCUAUAUCUGUGAAAAAGAAAGGCCUAAGAUCGUGCAGAGAGGGUGUUAAGACUUUUUCUGUAACUUUUCUGUCAUUCAAGUAGCUGUAGUACAUGAAAUGAAUGAAUGCAAUAAAAUGUUGGUGAUAAAAGUCA